ACAGACUUGGCACAAAAGAAGCUCUCGCAGGCGAACAUAGACGCAAAGGCACCGUUUCUUAUUUCAACGGAGGAAACACGUUUGGCUCCUUGCGCGCUGUCCACCAAGAAUCACUCAGUUAGAAAAACGCAGACUUUGAGUUGAAGAAACUUACUUUGUGCUGCACCUGAGACGACGCUGUUUGCCUGCCGCAAAAGUCCGGUGAUGUGGAUGUUGUCAGUACGCACCAAGGCUGUGGCAAAACUAGGUGUUUGAGCUGGACUUUAAAACGCGUAUUAUUUGGGGGUUUCUUACUGGACUUAAAGUUUUAUUUGGAGUCCAGAUUUUAAUGUGAGACUGUCUGCCAAAGGAGUCGCGUGUAUUUUUGCUGUUAACCCUCGAGGAACCAUGAACGUCUCCUUCUUCAAUGUGACACAGGGCGCGCUGUUUAACGGGAGUCAGACUCUCGCCGGGACUCUGGCGACAUACUUCGGCAAUGGCACCGACAACGUGGUGACCGGUGACGGCGGAGGUUCUCUGGUGCUGGUGCAAGACGAGCGCAAACUCUUCGUCAUGCGUGUGGUUCAAAUCGCGGUGCUGUGCGUGUUGUCGCUCACCGUCUUGUUCGGUAUUUUUUUCCUAGGAUGCAACCUGAUGAUCAAAUCGGAGAGCAUGAUUAACUUCUUGGUGAAGGACCGGAGACCCUCCAAAGACGUGGAGAACGUCAUGAUCGGGCUCAGCUAGAGCAUGGACAGUUGGCACUGUGGAGAACUGGAGUGGAGAUCCGGUAUGAGGAGCUGGUGCAAGAUCCGCAUCUGCAUGUACUUCUCAAAGACGCUCUUUCUGUGUCCUCCUGAGGAAAGAUAUGCUAAACUUCUUAUUUCCUCCUGAAAAAAAUGACUACAGGACAGCAGCCAACGAGCAAUGUUCAUGCGUAAAGUUUGUGCGUAAAAUACUGGAACUCGUUUACACGUGGGCCUGUUGAAUCUUUUGAUGUUGCCAACUUGAACAAAGUGACGAAAUGUUUACAAGCUGUGACCUCUGUGACCUCAUUAAUAGUUUUACUUUUGAUGUAUCUUUUUCUGUAAAUUUGAAACGAUUGUAAGUGAAUGUUUUUUAAAACAGUUCAACCGCAUGAUUGUGAAUGCUUAUAAAUCCACGUCUGCCAGUGUAGUAUGUGGACGUGAUGGACACGUAGGUAUUCUCCAUACAAAUAUUUUUCUUGAUAUACACUGAAUAUUGAAAUCUUGCAUGUUCUUCAAUGAACUCGGUCUCCGUUUCUGUGAGAGGUUCUGGUCCUGUUUGGCAUGCUCGCUGUGAAGUGAAUUUUGGACCUGUUUUGCACUUUUGAAAUCACUUAUGCUGCAUGAAUUAUUUUGUACAAAAAAAAGGAAUAUCAACUUGAAAUUGCAGCAUGCAAUUAAAACAAUGAAAUGAC